CUGUGUGUGUGCCAGGCCACUUUGCUGAGGAAGAACGUGGACCAUCUGUCCAAUCAGGAUGUUCUGAAUCUCCAGAAGGCUCUGCGGGAUGUCUUCGACGACAACUCGACCAAAGGUUUUAAUGCCAUUGCUGCCUACCACGGCUACCCUCCCCAGUGUAAGGAUGGCGACCGAGCAGUUGCUUGCUGCGUCCAUGGUGACCUCAACUUCCCUGCCUGGCAUCGACUUCUGGUUGUCCAGAUCGAGCAGGCACUGAAAGAAAAAGGUUUAUAUAUCGGUGUUCCUUACUGGGACUGGACUGUGGAACUGCGACAGCUUCCUAACCUCGUCAAUCAGAGAGUGUUCCUGGACAGCGCUGGGGGCAAAACCAGGAAAAACGCCUGGUAUCAAGGCAACAUCCGCGUGGGGGACAAAACCUACCACACAGCACGAGCUGUAGACAAGAGGCUCUACCAGAAU